CGUCAUAGAACCUUCAAGGGCUAAGAGACGCGGACCCCGGGAGCUCUCCAGUGCUGAGUUGGCAGGGUUGAAAGCGGGCCACCCUGCCAUGGCUCGGAGGUCGGGCCCCCGCUUACUGGACUGGAUUAACACCCCUUCUCACCUACAGUUCAACCCGUUCAUCCUGACAGGAUACCGGCCCGCCAGCAGCGUCUCUGGGUGUGUGCGCAGCCUCUUCUACCUACACAAUGAGCUCGGUAACAUCUACAUCCACGUCCUAGCCCUCCUGACCUUCUUGGUGAUGCUGCCCCUUACCAUCCCCUGGGACCAACUGGGCUGGGGCCACUGGCUGGGCUGUACCCACUUCUUGGCCUGCCUGGCACCCCCUGCUGGCUCUAUCCUCUAUCACCUCUUCAUGUGCCACCGAGGGGGCAACCGAGUGUACUCCCACCUCCUAGCCCUCGAUAUGUGCGGGGUCUGGCUGGCCAACAGCCUCGGAGCCAUCCCCAUGAUCCAGUGCACCCUGCUCUGCUGGCCUUGCCUGCGCCUGUUCGCCCUGGUGAUGUAUGCCUUCCUGUCCGUCAUGGCUGGUUGGUGGGCCCUCACUGCUUUGUCCACUACCGCCCGCCUCCAGGCCUUUGGCUGGCAAGCCAUCGCCCGCCUGCUGGUAUUUGGGAUCCGGUGGCUAGGGUUGGGCACUGGUGCGCCGAGGUCCCUGCUGUGCUAUCUCCGAAUGGAUGCGUUGGCCCUCCUGGGAGGGCUGGUGAACGUGGCCCGGCUGCCCGAGCGCUGGGGACCCGGGAUUUUUGACUAUUGGUGCAAUUCCCACCAGAUCAUGCACUUCCUGAGUGUGAUUUCCAUCCUACAGAUGCAUGCAGGGGUCAUUCCAGAUCUUGUCUGGGCUGCUAGCCAUGAUUAUGCCUGCCCUGAUGACUAAGCGGGGGUUUUGUUUUUUUACCACCAACCAAAGCAAAUAAAAACAAGCCCAAAUUAAGCCUCUAAACACCACCACCACACAAAAGAAGCCAUCAAAAGAAACCUGAAAGCACCCACAAGCCCUUGUUUUCAAAGCUAGUACCCCUUGCCCCGCUUCUCCUCCCCUCCCCCCUUUCCUUAGCAUCUUAAAGGCUCCCUGUAUGUUUGCUCUCUCGCUGGGAUUUUCCCAGACCUAUAGAGAAUACCACCCUUUCUUAGGGCUCUAGAAAGGUGGCCAACCACCUCUCAGGAACUUUGGGUUUGCUUCCCCAAAACACAGUCCAAGACUCCAUCCCAUGCCUCUCCCACCCCCUCCCCCUUCCCUCAGUUGUUUAGCCCAAGAAAUAGUAUGGGAAGAAAAAGGGAAACCUGACAAGGAGUCAAAACUCCUGGAGCCAGUCCUGGCUCUGCCCCUAAACUGAAAUUUCCCUUAGCUGUAAUUAAUUACACUCUUAAAGUACUAGAAUUUCAUGUAGCUGUGCAAGACCAGCAACCCUUCAGUUGACACCUUGGGCCUAGGACCCCUAGUAAAUCACCUCUCAGGAAAGCAUUCAGGCAUCCCUUUGACUCCAGCCUUACUUCAGCUUCCUUGUCCACACUGCUUCUUUUCCUCAUGCUGUUUGCUAUCGACUGAGAUCUCCUUCCUCCAUGUGCUAGCAACUCACCAUCUAACUUUAAGCAAGGCUCUUUGGAACUCCUCCCUUCCUCCCUCACCCCCAAAGAAACGAAAGCAAGAACAAGGAUAAGGAUAAGCCCAAAGGACUGUAUAUUUAAGGAUCCAGAACAUCAGGAUGACUGGGCCAGAAUGUCCCCUCAAGAGGAAAAGUAGCCUUGCUGGUUCUCUGGCCUAAGACCCAGAUCACGAGAAGACCACGAUCCAGAGAGGCCUAAAACAUCCAAGAACAUUUCCAGCCUUUUCUUUGGACUUCAGCCGCCCAGGCCUAAAAUAUAUAUACUUGUCCUGAAGAUUGUACUAGAAAUAAAAACCGUUUCACACCUCA